UAUCUCGACAGCACUUAUCUUUGGCCCUCUUGUUCUCUAAUUUUCUUUCUCUGGCGUUCCUCCGAGUUUAAUACGCAUCAUACAAUCAUGAUAAGCAAACAGUUAUUUUUGAAAGAGACGCCUGGCUUCAAGCGUGCAUACGAUAUGAUCAUAGGGAUGCGUGUGUAUGUGUGUAUAGACACUUCGUGGACCUGGCACCCAGGAGCCCAUCAGACAGCGCCUGCAUGUUGGUUUUUAAAUGACUUGGCAGGCCAUCAUGCACCUCUCUACCUCAUCCAUUGUCGCGCUGUACAAACCAAUAAUCUAGUGAUUUUCACAGGUGAAUUUUGCCAAAAGACCGGAAGGAACUCUCGUUCCCAGCGCCUCAGUCACGAUAGUUCCUGUGUCUGGCUGGAAGGCAGCUUGGGUUGGGUUGUCAGUGGCGCGCGGGAUCAGUUAUAUGUCUUGGUCAAUGUUGGGAACGACGUUCUGAUUGGGAACCUCGUUGUGAUUAGGAACCCCGUUGUGGUUGGGAACUCAGUCGACCUUAGGAGCCCAGUCGUGCUUGGGGACCCAAUCGAUGUUGGGAACCACGUUGUUCUUGGGAGCCGAGUCAACGCGUCAGUGGUCUCGGCGGGCCUCGCCUAGAUGGCGGGGAUAACGAUCAUGCCAAGGGCGAGGGAAGUGACCGACAGCUUCAUGAAUUGAAUUGGAUUCGAGGGAUAAGGGAGGCGAGGUAAACGGUGAAUGUGUCACUGUAGAGCAAGAGUGAUGGCGAUAGGGUAACCUUU